ACCACACCAUUGGCCAGUCGCUGUACGGUGAGAUGGCCGAAACAGAUCAGCCAUUAGCAGCUCUGCCUGAGCAGGCGCAAGAAGAUGCUCUUCACGCGAACCGCCUGCUCGCAGUCGAGGAGCGACCAUUCCAACGCGUCACCAAGCAACUUCUAAGCAACAGCUCAGCGUUACGGCCAUCACUAUCCUAUCUACCAUCUCCACCUGCUGAGGGCGACGAUGAGGCCCCAGUGUACGAUGCGUCGCGAGUGGAGCGAUUCCGCGAAGACGUGCUACUGGACUUCGCAUACCUCGAAAGCAGCAUAAUCCGCAUUCAGCUUACGCUCUCCUCCAAUCAGCGCGAACGCGAACGAUACGCAGCCGAAAAGGCCAAGAUUCUUGAAACCGCGCAGGCUGUCCGAGACAACACAGUUGAAUUGAGGGGGAAGCUAGUCGAAGCACAGGAAGCCCUCGAGCGCAGAAAGGGCUACGAUGUCAUGGCGGCGAAGAUCCUCGACGAUAAGAAGCUCAAGAGUCGCGACGAGGCCAAGGCAGAGAUCGACAAGCUUGAGAAGGAGAUCGAAGACUUGCAGCACGAGAACGCUGGAUACGAGGGCACAUGGCAGGAGCGACGAGAACAAUACGACAGAAUUGUUCGUGAGGGCGAAGCCAUGAUACGGCAAAUCAAAGGGAUCAAAGAUGAGCCAGAAGAGGAGAAAGGGGAUGAAGAAAUGGAGGAUGAGCAUGGAGACAAGGAAGAGGGCGACAACAGUGGUAGGAAUACUCCAAUGCAGGAUGGCAGAUCGCCUCAGCCUGCGGAGGCCAGCGACGCGACUCCUAUGCCGGACAGUGGCGAAGCUGGGGAGGGAAGUUUUGAAGGCACGCCCGCGCGUCCGACCAACAAAUUCCUGGAAGUGGACGAUGCGACCAGAUCUGGGAGUCGUGUCUCGUCACCUUUGUCACAACCUGCACACAUGCCCGAUGAUGUGGACAUGGGCGAUACUCCGCUCGCGACGGCAGAGACACCGAGCAAUGGCGAGGCACAGGUUGCAACGCCUAGCGAUGCGAUGGCUGAGACCAUGGACGAGUCUUGAGCAGGAUUGAGAACCAGCAGAGCGGGAUCACAGACGUCUGGUUAUUCCAUUUUGCAUGGCACCAUGUUGGGAACCUUCCGUUGACCGGAACACCCGGUAAACGCGCAUAUCCUCGAGCGUCGAAAAGCCCUGGCUCACAUUUUCAUUGCGACACGUUCAUGAGCUUCUGACGCCGCUGAAAGCUUCGGCCAUACUGUCUCCGUUCUGACAACGAGACCUGACACAACGCUACCCAGUGCUUCUGAACCUCCUCAAUAGCUCGCUUGCUUAGCGGAAUCAGAUGGAGUGCCCGAGUGUCUUGACCUUCGAACUUCGAACGGAGCUACUUCAACCCCGGCCAUGUAACACCACAGGAACCUUCGCAACAGAAGCGGAACAAG